CUGUUCAGCCAAGGAGAAAAGAUUAAAAAAGCAAACACAGUAUGAGCACUUUGCUUCUUACUGUAACCAGCUGAGCUCUCUGUCAGUGCCUCUUUGUUUUGUUCCGUUUUCACUCCAAGGUGACCAAUUUCAUGUUGCGGCCUUCGGAAACCUGGCAGAAGAUGAGUGCAUCUGAUUGGUCCAACCUGACCCUUCACCUGGAGGGGUCCCUGACCAGCGCUUUGGGUCAUUACCUGGACAGCUGGAAGCGUAACGUGACAGCUGCAGACAACGCUUUGGACAAGACCAUGGCUGAGGAGAACUUCAGGAACGUCAUCUGGUAUCUGGCGGUGAUGAUUGGCAUGUUUGCCUUCAUUGUUGUGGCGAUGCUGGUGAGCACAGUCAAAUCCAAGAGGAGAGAGCACUCUAAUGACCCCUACCACCAAUACAUCAAGGACGACUGGACUGCUCAGAUACAACAGGGGGAUGUUUUCACCAACUUUGCAACUGGAUAACGACAGCAAGACACCUAACUCACAGCAGAUCAUCAUUAUCAUCAGUAGCAGCAGCAGUAGAAGCAAAGUGAAUGCUGCUCAAAUUUGAAAUCAGAAUAAUAAAAUCUACUCAAAAUGAUGCAUCUAACUGGUGGUUUAGCUCUUUAGACCUCCAGACAUUUAAUCCAUUAACAUCAAUAAUGCAUUACAACAGUGGUUCCCAAGCUUUUUUGCCAUAUAGCCCUGUCAGAUGAAGUCAAGAAUCUCGUCAUUGACACCGCCUGUCAUCUUUUAAAUGUGUUCAUUUGAAUUGAUUAGGAAGAGAAUGCUAUUUAACACUGUUCAUUAUAUAAAAGUGAUUGUUGUUAUAGUUAUAUUGAUGUAAAUCAUAGUGACCCCUGAAAUAAUGAAAUAAAAUAUGGCUGAAUUCCA